UGUGGCCCCUUAGUUCAUCUGGGUCUUUUUUUUUCAUCAUCGUUUUCGUUUACUAUGUUGCCGUUGAAUUCCCUGAGAUUGAAGCUUGGAGGGACGACGAGGUUCCAGCCGGACCACAUCGUAUACGAUGCUGAGGAUAUUGAGUUCGGGACGUUAUGGUGGUUCGUUUAUGCUGGGAUUUCUUGCCUUCUCGUCCUCUUCGCUGGCAUCAUGUCUGGUCUCACCCUCGGCCUUAUGUCUUUGGGCAUCGUUGACCUUGAAAUUCUCCAGCGCAGUGGCACCUCCAUAGAGAAGAAACAAGCAGCUGCUAUAUUGCCAGUUAUUCAGAAGCAGCAUCAGCUGCUCGUUACUCUGCUUCUUUGCAAUGCUUGUGCCAUGGAGGCACUUCCAAUUUACCUUGACAAAAUUUUUCACCCUUUUCUAGCAGUAAUACUGUCUGUAACAUUUGUUCUGGCUUUUGGAGAGGUUAUCCCACAAGCUAUAUGCUCAAGAUUUAGGCUCUACGUUGGUGCAAAUUUCGUAGGGGUGGUGCGCAUUCUGAUGAUAAUCUGUUAUCCAAUUGCUUAUCCUAUUGGAAAGGUUCUGGAUGCGGUUCUUGGACACAAUGAUGCCUUGUUUAGGCGAUCACAAUUGAAGGCCCUCGUUUCAAUCCACAGUCAAGAGGCUGGUAAAGGGGGCGAACUCACACAUGACGAGACAACAAUUAUCAGCGGAGCACUAGAUCUUACUGAAAAGACUGCAGAGGAGGCAAUGACACCAAUUGAAUCAACCUUUUCUUUGGAUAUUGAUUCCAAGUUGGAUUGGGAAGCAAUUGGGAAAAUUCUUGCAAAAGGUCAUAGUCGUGUUCCUGUGUAUUGUGGGAAUCCCAGUAAUAUAAUUGGCCUCUUACUAGUGAAAAGUCUUCUCACUGUGAGAGCCGAAACAGAAACUCCGGUUAGUGCUAUUGUUAUCAGAAGAAUUCCUAGGGUUCCAUCAGAUAUGCCUUUGUAUGACAUUCUGAAUGAGUUCCAGAAAGGAAGUAGUCAUAUGGCAGCUGUAGUUAAGGUGAACAAGGAGAGAAAUAACACUCAAGCUGGUGGUGAAAAUGGGAAACUUGAGGAAGACAAAGUCAUGAAUCACAAUUCUCAACUCACAAUGCCAUUGCUAACCAAAACUUCUGACAAAGCGGAAAAUAUCAUUGUUGCUAUUGACAAACCUCCUCUGGUUCCCAGAAAGCAACAAAAUGGUACUCAACACUUGCCUGAUAAUCUUGAAGAUGGGGAAGUUAUUGGCAUCAUAACCCUUGAAGAUGUUUUUGAAGAACUCCUACAGGAAGAAAUAGUAGAUGAAACAGAUGUGUAUGUUGAUGUGCACAGAAGAAUUCGUGUGGCUGCUGCUGCCGCUGUGGCACGAAUUCCAUCUACUCGGAGAUUGCCUGGACACAAACCCGCAGGAAAUCAAGCUAGCAAGGGAAAGUUUUGAAGAACGUUGAGGAGGAUAAUUCACAUUCAAUGGGAGCUCCGGGAUCCUACUAUGAUCGAUGGAGCCUCUUUCUGGACAAUAAACGAUGAGCUUCAAUCAGGCAACAAAAGCAUGGAGCCGCCACUAUGUUUGUGUGAUCACUAGUUGAGAGUUGAAAGACGGCAUGAAGAUACAGACCCUGUAAUCUUAAAAUGAAAAUGACGAUCUAGGAUUUUGGAAAAUAAUAUAUUCUUGUCUUUGAUCUUCCCCAGAACUGGUGUUUUCGACCACUUGUCCUUCAUGAUUAUCCUCGCUCUUCAGCUUGACCAA